AUGUCAACCUACUCAAUCCACUCUUUUGGAAGUCAUUCUCAACAACAAAAUGACGAAGACUACCCAAGAUAUAUGAAUAAGGGAAUAUACCUUAUUAGGGAGAAGAAUGUUGUGCUUGAUCAUGUUAGGAGAGAAGUAGAAAUAGCAAUUCGUGCUCGCAAUGAUUUCUUGGCCUUUAUGAACCAUGAGAUGAGAACUCCAAUGCAUGCAAUUACAGGACUUUCCUCUUUAAUUCAAUAA